AUGGCCACCUUGUGGACUCGGGAGCAAGUUGCAGCCAAAAUAUUGGCAGGCGACCAUCUCGUUGUCUACCACGACUCGCUUCUCCGAAUUCCUUCCAAAUGGCUGGAAAAACACCCUGGGGGAGCUCUGUCGAUUCUCCAUUUUGUCGGCCGAGAUGCCUCCGAUGAAAUCGACUCGUACCAUCCUGACCAAGUGCUCGAGCUCAUUCAACGUUACAAAAUUGGGUCCGUGUCAGCGCCAUGGGCUCCUUUGGUACCCCCCGUCGCCUCUGGGUGGGUCAGAACAGACAGCAAUUCCUGGUUCAACGAAGCAUCAUCUCUGCGCAAAGGCCAAACCGAAAUAUUACUGGUUUCGAAACAACCUAAUGCCCCGGACGCACCAACUCGCGCUAUUUUGGAGCCACCACCCUCUACACUGUCUUUGGAUGACCAAUUGCGGCAUUCACAAGCCUACAAAGAACUACAUCGACGUGUUCGCGAGGCAGGUCUCUAUGACACUCGCUAUAUUGCUGCUCAUGGGCCUGACGUUAUCCGCUACUCCAUCCUUGCCGGUCUCUCAGCAUACGCCUACUUCAAUGGGUGGUUCCUCACCAGUGCUCUCUUUCUUGGUCUCUUCUGGCAGCAGUUGACCUUCAUUGCCCACGACCUCGGACACGUUAGUGUCACGCACAACUGGGCCAUAGACAGACUGUUGGGCAUUGUGAUUGCUGACUGGAUCGGCGGUUUGAGUAUUGGUUGGUGGGUCGAUAACCACAACGUACACCAUCUCGUGACGAACCACCCUACCCACGACCCAGACAUUGGACACCUCCCGUUUAUUGCCAUCUCCCCCGUAUUCUUCAACUCGCUGUGGUCUACGUAUCGCAAGCGUAUACUUGACUUCGAUCGAUUCUCCCAAUUUUUUGUGCAGCUCCAACACCGCCUAUUCUACAUUCUUUUGGGCCUUGCUCGUUUCAACCUCUAUGCCAACUCAUACCCCUUCUUGAUACGCAAGGCCUUCGAUACGAGGCGCGCGCGAGGAGCCUACUGGGCGUGGGCUUUGGAGGUCGCUGGAAUUGUCUGCUUCUGGUGCUGGUACGGGCGAGUUGUAAUUAACUGCGACACCUGGAAGACUAGCAUGGCCUAUUUCUUAAUCAGCCAUAUCGCUGCUUCGCCAGUUCAUGUUCAAAUCGUGCUCUCUCACUUUUCCAUGUCUACAGAGGACUUGGGACCUACAGAGAGUUUCCCCGACCGCCAGCUACGAACAACGACCGAUGUCAUCUGUCCUGAUUGGCUGGGUUGGAUUCACGGGGGCUUGCAACUCCAGGUUACCCAUCAUUUGUUUCCACGUCUCCCUCGCCAUAAUCUCAAAGCCGCAAGUGCUCUUGCUAAAGAGUUUGCCCAAGAACAGGGGCUGGUCUAUGCCGAAUUUGGAUGGAUUGAGGGUAACGGUGAUGUGUUGGGUGUUCUUCGUGAUGUCGCGGAUCAAGUCAAGAUUCUCGGACAAGUUGCUGAUGCGGAAGUGAAGCAAGCAAUAGACAGAAAAAUGGCACAAUAA